AUCAAUAAAUAAUGGUGGUUGUGGGCUAACUGGGCGAGAGACUCAGACAGAUCUAAAUAGCAACUGCAAUGUUUACAAUGAGCAGAAGAAGCUCCGUUCUCCUCUUGUUUUACUUCAUCCUCAUCCAAUUCCCCAUUCAAUUCAUUGUUGCUUUUAACAACUCCCACAUAUUGCAGGACGUGUUGAAGCAAAUCUCGGUAAAGCACAGGUGGGAUUUGCAGACUGUUAGGGUUUCCCGAUUGGAUUCCGGCAAAGUAAGCUUCGGCAGUGCCCAGCGCUACGAAUUCCGGAUCGGACUAGGCAAGGCCCACGUCGUCGUCUUGUUCUCUGACGACGUCACUUCUUGGAGAAAGUUCCGCAAACCAAGAACCCAUUUCGGUUCUCUUAUUAAGGAGCUCGGUUCCAUGGCUGCAGUUGACACCUUCAAGGUGGAAGGCCCAUUUGAGCUGCGAGUCGAUUCAGACCAUGACCUCUCCCUUUCAUUGCCGAUGAACACUACUUAUAAUAGAGGGGUGAGAAGGGUGCUUGUUGGUGAAGGCAUUACUGUAGAGGUAACAAGAGCGACAGAAGUUUCUGUGUUUCAUGCAUCUGAUCUUGGUUCACCGGUAAAUGGAAGUGCUACUAUUGACAAAGAGAUUUCUUGGCCCUUUUGGCAUUCGUACUGUGCGCCGUUAGUUCCUGUUCGCGUUUUCGGGCCUGCUUCUUUGGUUGCAUACAGGACUAGAACCCCGGCUGCUCAUAUUGAAACUAAAUUUGUGUCCAAGGAGAUAAUUGAGUUGUUGCCGGAGAAAUGUUUUAGCAGUCAUCGUGCAUACAAGAAGCAGAAGCAUUCUUGCCCCGUUGAUUCUUUAAGUUUGAGAAUAUCUAUGCUGGAAAGAAUUUGGAAAGGAUUUCUUGGUGAUAGGAUUCGACAAAAAGGAUUGUCUGGAUUUCUUGAAGGAAAAAUUAAAGCCUCAACCAUUGUUCGGUUCAAGCUUCAGCUGGAAAGGGAUUUUAGGAGGAAGGGGAUGCUCCAGCGCAACAUUUCAGGAUGGAGAACCAGGCCAGAUGUGGAAAGGGUUUGGUUUGAAGUUUUGGCGAGAGUUGAAUCUGAGAGGUUGGGGCUGAGGCCUAUCUUGGUGAAGAAGAUAAGGCCCUUCAUUAUAGCAGAUUCAGCUGAAUGGGGUAAUCCUUUAAAUAUUUCCUUUACCAAAUCCCAAUCUAUCCUCGUUGCUCCAGAAGCACUGACAUUGGAUGUGAAAUGGUAGAGCAAACUUGUUCAGUUAAUUGUUUGAGGUU